ACAUAACGGUCCUUGUAGAAGGUGAAAUUUACAGGAUUAUAAAUGAUUAAAUGGAUUAUAGAAAUAUGAUACGAAUAUGAAUAGAUGUCAUAAACUUGUAGAUUAUCUUUAAAGUUUGUAAAAUUAUGAGAUUGAGAUUUAUUGAUAGCGGAAACUGAUAACACUUAAUAGCCCUGAAAAUUAUUUUAAAUUGAACACAACCAAUACACACCUGAGAAGCUUAGAUGAUUUAUUUUAAAUAAUAUUUGAAUGAGUAAUUUUAAGAUAUACAUUUGAUUUAACAGACGUUUGACAAAGACGUCAUUCUCAAAUUCCAUUCCGAAAUUUGUUCUUUUUCACUUUUUUCACUUGAUGCAAAUAUCUAAACACAAAUGAGUACACUCGAACAAAUUAAGGACCCCGCUCAGGCUCCUGAGGCCACACCUGAUGUUGCUGAGCCACAAUUGCAACAAAAUAUCAUCCAAGGCCAAUUACAGCCCAACCAGUUGCAGAAUCAGGCACAUCAAGUCGGAUCGAACCCUCAAAUGGCUCAACAGGCACAGCAACACCCUAUGCAAAACCCACAAAUGAACCAGGCUCAACAGCUCCAACAAAACCAGAUGCAACAGAUGGGACAACAAGUUGGUCCAAAUCAGCAGGUUCAAAACCCACAAAUGGGACAAAAUCAGCAUAUGGGACCGAACCAACAGAUGAUGAUGAGAAUGGGUAACGGAGUAAUGAACCCAAAUAUGUACUAUUAUCAGAUGCAAAUGUACCAGAACCAGCAGGGCCAGAAGGGAAUGCCAAUGAAUAUGCAGAUGGGAAUGUCUCGAUUUAUGCCACAAUAUAACGCAUACUUAAACAGAGUACAACCAAUGCAACAGAUGGCUCCAACUCAUCCGAUGAUUCAACAGCAAAUGGGUCAUACCCAGCAGGUUCAGAACGCAAUGAUGAUGCAGCAACAGCAGCAACAACAGCAACAAGGUGAAACAAAAACCGAAGAAACAGGAGAUAAUAAGCCACAACCAAUGAGUAAUAUUCCGCCGAACAUGUACCCAAAUAUGAUGGGAAAUACCAUGAACCCGGUAGGAAUGCCCAUGAUGCACCCAGGCGGUAUGGGAGGGAUGUUUUACGGACCACGCCUACUUGUCAAUAACGCAAUUGACAGCAUCCCCUCACUACGCCUUGCAAACAGCCAGUUCCAGAAUGUGACACAGGUUCUGGAUGCCCUGGCAACACAGUCUAAGAGAAGAAGAGCGCCUAGAGCAUCAAGAGAGCCAAGAGAAGACUCAGAUUUCAAAAACGUCCUCCAAGACUACUUCAGCGCCUCAGACAACUCAGACGACGAGUUUUUGGUCUCUAGGUCACUUCGCCUCAACGACGGAAGCAGUAGCAUUAGAAGGAGUAAUCGCACUCGCACCAAGACUGCAAAGUACGACGAAUACAACGAAACGGAGUCCGAUACACAGGAGGACUACGCCAACUACCCCACGACAACUGUUAAUAAUAUUAACCCAACGGGGGUAAAGAGUAACAGAGGAAGAAAGAAGGGCGUGAGUUACAAGAAGCCAGCUCCAGCCAAGCCCGUUAACCCCUAUUCCAGAAGCAACUACUUGCAGUUUGACGAGUCAAGCGAUGAGUCUCCCCAGUUUAGCGGCCACGACUACGAUCCCAACUCGAUUGAAACAAGCGGUUUAUCGCUGAGACACAGAAAGCAGAGAGUAAACUACGCAGAGUUGGAGUACUCGGACGAAGAAGAGGUCGUUGAAGGGGAAGAAGAAGAAAAGAAAAGCUCAGGAGGCAUUGACCGCGUCAUUAACCACAGACAACGGGAAGAUGGCGAGUGGGAGUAUUUAAUCAAGUGGCAAGGAUUCGCACACAUCCACAACACGUGGGAUGUAUAUGACAACUUGAAGGACUACAACGGAAUACGUCGUCUAGAUAAUUACAUUAAGCGCUUUAAAAAUCUGGAGGAACGCCAGAAGUAUAUGACCCUCGAUGAAAUCGAGCAGGAGAACAUAGCCCUGGGGCUCCAGAAGCAAAUCGAUGAAGACUCAUUGAUCGCCGAACGCAUUGUAACACACUACAAGGAUGAAAGCGGCACCAUGGUGUACCUAGUCAAAUGGCGUAGUUGCCCGUAUGACCAGUGCACAGAAGAAGACGAAGAGACUUUAGUGGAGCACGGCUUCCAAGAUUUAAUUGACUCAUAUAAGAUUAGAGAGGACCGUAUCUUGGGUGAGGCGGCGAGGAAGAUCCCCUGGAACACACAUUCCAUUUCAUUGACCAAGUUCGAGCCCUAUUACGAAACACCCAAGUACCUGUCCAACCCCACCUAUUUAGAAGACCUCGGAUAUACUUCCAGAUUAUACUACACCAUUCUAGCAGCGAGAGCAAACCGCAUGAAGACUGAUGGUGCAAACGAAACUGGUGAAGUUAAGGUAGAUGGAGUAAAACCCCAAGAUUCUGUAAAGAUUGAAAUAACCAAUUCAGUUAAGCAAGAUGCAAAGGUCGCCCCCGAGAUAGAUAUCAAGUUGAAUGGAGUUAAGACAGUGAAGACUGAGACAGAACAUGUCAAGAUGGAACUAGACCAUGAAACUAACUCGACAGGCUCAGCCCAAUCGUUUUCAAAUUCUGUACAGUCAGAACCAAACGCACAACAACCUGUAAACUCACUAGGCGCUGAAAACUCAGUUAAUUCCUUACAACAAGGAGAUGCUGGCAUGAAAAAGUACCACCUGAGAGAUAACGCCCCCAACGCCUUUUAUAAGCCAUCAGAGCCCAGGAAGUUGAGAGAUUACCAGCUUACAGGACUCAACUGGAUGGUAAACCGCAUGAAGAGAGGUUUAUCAGUGCUAUUGGCGGAUGAGAUGGGACUGGGAAAGACUGUUCAGACGAUAUCUCUGGUGGGCCACUUCAUGUACAAGGAGUUUUUAAUUGGGCCAUACUUGAUCAUUGUGCCCCAAAGCACAAUAGACAACUGGAUGAGAGAGUUUGAAGCAUGGCUCCCACAGGCAAACGCAGUGUGCUACUACGGAAACGCAACAGCCCGCGAAAUGAUCAGGCAGCGCGAGCUAACGCGGAUUUUCGUGCCAGGCAAGGGAGAACGCUACAAGUGCGACGUGUGCAUCACAACUCCGAGCAUUAUCAACUCCCCAGCGGAUUUGGAAUUCCUCCGAAGAAUUAGCUGGCAACUGAUGGUCGUGGACGAGGCGCACCAGCUGAAGAACAAAAACAGCAAGCGCUUCGUAGAGUUGAUGCAGUUCAUGGCAGACUACAAGCUCCUGCUUAGUGGAACACCACUGCACAAUAACCUAGAGGAGCUCUGGACACUCUUGCACUUCAUUAACCCGCAGAUUUAUCCGUACUACGAAGACUUCAGAAGAAGGUACAGUGAGAUUGAGAACCCAGCCGCAAUAGGAGAGAAUAAGCAGAAGCAGCUGCUGUCCCUGCAGCACGAGUUGCACGAGUUCGUGCUCAGACGUGUGAAGAAGGACGUUGAGAAAUCGCUCCCAAACAAGGUCGAGAGGAUUCUGAGAGUUGAACUCUCACCGAUGCAGAUUGACUGGUACAAGAAUAUCUUGGCCCGCAACUACGAGGAACUGGCUAGGAACUCAGGAGGCUCGAGAAGCUCACUCCAGAACAUUUGCAUGGAGUUGAAGAAGGUGUGCAACCACCCAUUUUUAUGUUACGAGCCCGAGGAUAGACAGGUAUGGCUGCAGGGCCUAAUAUACGGAAGCGGAAAGAUUUGCCUGCUAGACAAGUUGCUUCAGCGUCUGAAGGAGAAGGGCCACAGGGUUCUGAUUUUCUCGCAGAUGGUCAGGAUGCUUAACAUCAUAAGUGAGUAUUUGACCCUGAGAGGGUUCAAACACCAGAGACUUGACGGAACGAUGGGUAAAGAAGUAAGGAAAAAGGCAAUGGACCACUUCAACGACCCACAGAGCGAUGACUUCUGCUUUUUGCUCUCAACAAAGGCAGGAGGGCUGGGAAUUAACCUGACCUCAGCGGAUACAGUGAUCAUCUACGACUCUGAUUGGAACCCACAGAACGACCUGCAGGCAGAGGCAAGAGCGCACAGAAUUGGCCAAACCAAAACCGUACAAAUAUACAGACUGGUAACCAAAGAUUCAAUAGAACAGACGAUAUUAGAGAGAGCUAAAACAAAGAUGGUGCUGGACGCACUAGUUGUUCAAGGACUUAACAAGCGUGGAGACGCAGUGAUGUUCAAUGACGACGGGAAAUCAGGAUUUUCCCGUGAGGAACUCGCAAAGAUCCUCAAGUUCGGAGCCUCAAAGCUCUGGGCAACUGCAAACCCACAAACGAACAAGUCCUCUUCAACAGAUGAAAAACUGGAUAUUGAUUUGGACAAAGUCUUGCAAGAGGCAGAGCUAACAAAGGAGAAUGAUUCAGACCUGGCAGCAGACCUCUUAUCAUCCUACACUAACAUCACGGAGUUCAGAUAUGAGCCGCCAGAAGGACAGCUUGAGGCCAGUGGAGAAAACGACAAGGAGUUUUGGGAGGCUACAAUUCCACUUGAGGAACGCGUUAAGCUCAAGAAGAAGAAGCAAGAGGAGUUGUUGGUCAUGGGUCCCAGAAGAACACGCGCUAAGGAUACUGGAGCCAUCGAGACUGAUGACUACUCAGACGAUGAGGCCGAUGCAGAUUUCCAGCCCAGAAAGACGACAAAAGAGUUAUUACAGUCUCAAGAAGGUCUUAAGGGUAAGAGAGGCCAGCGCAGGUCCAGAAAAGCUGUUUUGACGAUCAAGGAUAAGAUGAAGAUCCACAGAAGCCUAAGCAAGUUCGGAGUGCCAGAACUAAGACUUAAGGACAUACACGCAGAUACUAAACUCAACAAAGUUGACCCAAGAGUCAUCCUCAACGAAUGCCAGAACAUGAUUGACAGUUGCAAAUCCAAACUGAAGGCAAGUGCGGAAGACGAGGACAAACGCUCAAGAAGGAGCCAGCUUAUUGUUGAGAUGGGCGAGAUCAAAGUCAACGCACAAGACUUCCUGGAUAAGAUGAAACUACUUGAAAGUCUGGAGCAGUUUGGCCGUAAACUUGCAGGAAGCUCAUGGAGUAUGGCGCCAAACGACGAGUUUGAGAUACCCCUACAGGUGCUUGACCAGAUGAACGAGGGUAAGGAGACAUGGACCUCAGAUGACAUAGUCAACCUCCUCAAGCUGAUCAACAAGUUAGGGUUUGGAUACUGGUCUCAAAUGUGUGCAGACAAGGAGUUGUGUGUAGGUGUACUCCAAGACAUUAAGCACGACAGGUUGAAAAACCGAGCAAUGAAGCUUCUCAAGAUUGUCAACACGUACAUCGACCCAACGUCUGUGAUAACACUGAGUGACGAAAAGAGGCUCUCAACUGUUAGAGAAGCUCCCGUUAAGCCCAAGAAGAAGGAGUCGGUGGCAAGUGAUAAGGAAACUGAGAUAACUUCGGAAGGAGUUAAUGAUAAGGUUAGAGAUGACCUGAGUGAUAUCUACACACUCGACGCCGCCGACGCCAACAAGGACUCGACAGACGUGGUAAACAUGCUCUCAACAGGAAAACUAACGUCCAGAGACCAUUACGCAAGUGCCGUUAAGCAUGUGCUAAAGUCCUGCAGAGACGUCUUGAGGACCACGAAGCGUCUCAGAAACACGUCCAUGGAUUUCGCCGAAAACCUCAAGUCCGAAGAGUUCCAAGCACAAGUUAGGGACACAGUAAAGACCGUCAAAAGCGCACUCGAUAGCAAUCUCAAUGUCUGCCCCGACGAAUCAGUAGCAAACAAACUCAGAACCGCCUGCUGGAAGUUCGUCUCCAAAAUCAUACAGUCUGAUCAAUUCCACUUAGAAUCUUACUAACUUCAAAAGAAUACUACAAAACACAUCUGGAAUCUUAUCAUAUAGAACUAGAGCUAAUAUAAAAAAGAAUACAAUUUCAAUUCUAUUCAAAAAAAAUUUUCAAGGAUUCUACAAACACUAGCCAGAAUCAUACUAAUAUUAUACUAUAUGCA